AUGCAAUAUUUCUAAAUUCUGAAACCUGAGAUUGGAAUUUCAAUUACUAGGGGAAUUUUAAAAGGUGUAGUAUUAAUAAUAAUUGGCAAAACCAUUCUAAGUUAUCAUCCUUUUGAUUUCUAGUCCGAUUAUCCUGAAUAUGUGAGAAACUUUUCAUAUUGAAAUAGUUUGCUAGAAUCCCUUAUAAACAUCCUAUCAAUCCUCCUAUUUAUGCUCCUCAUAAAAUGGAAGAACCCGAGGACAGAGAGAAAUAUGAAAAACUAUUUGACAAUAUAAUUCAAAUCAGUAACAAUAAUCGUGAGUAUUAUAUGUUCAAACAUUUGUAUCAUCCUUCCUUAGAGGAUGGCUUUAUUAUAAAGGAAGCAUUGUGGGAAUCUGAUGGUGAGAGAGUACUGGACGAAAUAAGAGGUGAAGUAAGAAGGUAAUUAAGACAAGCCCAAAAUUUAGAACUUUAAAAUCAGUUUCACAUUACCUAAAGAAAGGUAUUGUUCUCAAAGUUAAAUGGUCAAAUACGUCCAUCUAUUUGAU